AUGCGGAGACAAGCCCGUCAAUUAGCAAUGGAACUGUGGAGAAUUUUUCUGACAUUACCGACAUCCAAAAUCUUAGACAUAAUUCAGGAGAUCGAGAUAUUCCAUGCUGCUGCAAAAUUUGGGAAUGUUGAGUUUUUGACUCUGCUUAGUUACUCAUAUCCUGAUCUUAUAUGGAACUUUGACUCCGAAAGAAAUUCCAUAUUUCAUAUUGCUGUUACUAACCGACAAGAGGAAGUCUUUAGUCUCAUCUACCACAAAGGAAUUAGGAAGGAUGCAAUUGCACUAAUUGAAGAUAAUGAUGGAAACAACAUUUUGCAUUUGGCUGGGAAAAAAGCACCUCGAAGUAGACUCAAUAUUGCUGUGGAGAAGAUUGUAGGGCCUUCCUAUCUUCAGACGAAAAACAGAGACCACAAAACACCAAGGAAGUUGUUUACGCUGGAGCAUGAGAAGUUACGGGAAGAUGGUGAGAAGUGGAUGAAGAAGACAGUAACUUCUUGCAUGGUUGUGGCAACUUUAAUUGCAACAGUUGUGUUUGCUGCAGCCUUUACCGUACCAGUUUUUGUUAUAUCUGAUGCGGUGGCAAUGUUUACCUCUACAGCUUCCAUAUUGAUGUUUUUGUCUCUCUUUACUCCACAAUAUAGAGAAGAUGAUUUUCUAUUUUCAUUACCGACAAAGUUGAUGGUUGGAUUAGUUACACUCUUUGCUUCAAUCGUUUGCAUGGUCGUAACAUUUAGCACAACCUUCUUUUUGGUCUACAAGGAAGAAAAGCAUGGGACAUUGUCGAAAGUUGUUGCUGCUCUUGGUUUGCUUCCAAUCAUUUUAUAUGCAGUGCUAAAUUGUAGGUUAUGGAUUGCCAUAAUCCACUCAACAUUCUUUGCAUCAAGUUAUAAAUCAAUAUUUUAG